AUGGACAUGGAUGACUGCUAUUUCUUUCUUUACUCCUCCUGCAAAUUCAAAGAUAGAUGUACAUAUAGGCAUAAUGAAAAGUGUAGAAACAAUCUGGUUACGUGCAAGAAUUGGGAGAGUAAGAUACCAUGCAAUGAGGACUGCCCCUAUCGCCAUUCAAAGUUCCACUUAAAGAAAAACCGCCGAGAGGAGAUGUGCUACUGGGAAGACAAACCCAGAGGAUGCACCAAGGACAGAUGUGAGUAUAGGCAUACUAAUCCCAUGAAGGAUGCAUGGAAAACUGCGGGUCUAUCUGAGGAGGCACAGGAGCUGAGUCUAAACACCUCGGGAUCCUCGAUGUCAGAGCAACAGGGCCUUGAAGACAUCAGAUUAAAGGACUACGAAGAAGUGAUGAGCAUCCAAGAACAGCACACAGACCCAAAGGCAGAUACAUUGACUGGUACAGAAUCUCCAAAGAAGAUUGGCCAAAAAGAGACUAGUUGCCAAGAAAACUCCACUCUAUUACAAGAAAGAAAGAGUGAAGCUACAAACGACACCGAAAAGAUAGAACUUCAUAGCAAUGUUCUAAAAAAUAAUUCCGUUGAGGAUGUACUAAAAUCUCAAAAUAAGAGAGUUAAAACAGAAGAAACUCCUAAUGUUACGGGAAAAACCACAGUGAAUCUAGAAGAACUAGAUAAAGAGAUCGAAGAGUUGGACGGAAUUCUGAUGGAUUGA